UGAAGAAUCCUUGCAGCUGCAGCACCAUAAAGUGUUGUUAAAAACAGUUGAGUUAGCCCCGCAGAGAAGUUAAAGGCUGGUGUAAAUCUGUGCACGUUUGCAGCAGCAUGUCAGAAUAUCCGACAUUCCAGCUUGGCAAGUCUCGUUUCGACCAGAACACAUUUCUUGGUCGGUUCAGGCACUUCCUGGAUGUGAUUGACCCAAGCACGCUCUUAGUGACAGAGAAACGGCUGCAGGAAUGUGUGAAGCUUCUCGACCAAUUCAAACAAGGAAGUCUGCCUCCAGGAGUCACAGAUGCUCAGCUUUGGCAAGCUCAAAAAGUAAAGCAGGCCAUCAUCCACCCUGACACAGGGGAGAAGAUCCUCAUGCCCUUUCGGAUGUCAGGUUUUAUCCCAUUUGGCACACCAGUGGUUGUUGGCCUCCUUCUCCCAAAUCAAACAUUGGUGUCGACCAUUUUUUGGCAGUGGUUAAACCAGAGUCACAAUGCCUGUGUUAACUACUGCAACCGCAACGCCUCAAAGCCUGCCCCAGUUUCCAAAUUUGUCCAGGGAUAUGUCGGAGCGGUGACCAGUGCUGUCUCCAUUGCUGUUGGGUUGAACGUGUUAAUCAAGAAAGCAAGCCGCUUCAGCCCAACUACCAGGCUUUUGGUGCAGAGGUUCAUCCCUUUCCCAGCAGUAGCAAGUGCAAACGUCUGUAAUGUGGUUCUCAUGAGACACUCGGAGCUGUCAGAGGGCAUCAGUGUGCUUGACGACAAUGGGAACGUGUUGGGAACGUCAAAAGUGGCUGCCAGGCAUGCUCUUCUAGAAACAGCUCUGACCAGAGUGGUCCUACCCAUGCCGAUUCUCGUUCUCCCUCCUAUGAUCAUGGCUGCACUGGAAAAGCUCCCUCUGCUGCAGAGACAGCGGAGACUGGUCCUGCCCAUCCACAGCCUGGUCUGCCUUGCUGCCUUUGGUCUGGCUCUGCCCCUCGCCAUCAGUCUGUUUCCACAGAUGUCCCAGAUCAGUGUGACUGAGCUGGAGCCAGAGAUCGCCAUGGCAACUGAUUGUAAGAUUGUGACUUACAAUAAAGGCCUGUGAGUGAUCACAUGAUGCCAGGACCUCGCUGCUCAUCACAGUGCAGACCUCCUGAAGCUGCCAGAGAAAGGAAGUAUGAUGAACGUGACUGUGAACAGCUAGCAUAUGUUUACUGAAAAGAUGAGUUAAUCAUGAUUGUCAUUUCGUUUACUACAUUAAAAUCAUAACGGGGAUGACAUACUUUAUAUUCAUUAUCUAUACGCAAUCACUGUUAUGAAAAGGACACUUUCCAAAGAAGGACCACCAAAUAACUGAGGCACUUAAUGGAUUUAUAGAUGACUUGAAUUGUUCUGUAUCAUAUAUGUGUUAGUGUUACAUUAUUGGCUCUCCUUAUCUCUAAUGUCUUAGGACUGUUUAUUCACACUCAGUUUUCCACUGCAGAUACCGUCUGCUCAUUUAUGAUGGGCUUUUAGCUGAAUGUUAGAAGCCCUUUUUCACCAUGACCUUCUUACAUUUUCUUCAUGAUUUCUAGACCGUAGUCCUGAUAUUUUUCAGGAGCUUGCCUUUCACACGUGGCCUUAAAGUGGGAGCUUGUCUAUCUCUGCAUUUUCACAGCUGAAAACUCUUUGUUGGGGUUGCUGUUGGUUAGCUCAUAAAAGAAGAGAAAGGAUGUCACUACAUGAUAGAGGAUGUUUUUGCAGUAUAAAGACGUUAGUAGACAACUGAGGCAAACCAUCCUGAAGCUCACUUGUCCCUCCUCCCCAGUCCCCUGCUGGCCCACUUUCAUAAUGCUCCAAGCUCAACUGAGCCUGAGCAUGGAUAUGCCAUCCAUAUGGCACAUGGAAUUUACAUGACACGCACUCUCACACAGCCAGCCCAGUGGUGAAAUACAUAGACAAUACAACUGUUAUUUUAUUUACGUUGUGACGUAUUUUAAGUCGUUUUGGUCUGAUAUGGCUCUUGAACACUCAGACAUUGUGUAUAAGCAACCGUACCGAGCCAAAGCACAUCUUUCUUCCAUCCCUGCCAGAGCCAAGGAAGAGUGCCAUGCUGGAAAGUGGUACAAAGGACUUCGAAUAUAUAGAAAAAUGGACUUUAUGGCUCAUAUAUGCUUGGGUACAGUACGGACCACCUAAUGUGAGGGUACCCUUAGCUUUAUGUAAAAGAUGACAUUACCUCACACACAGAUUCUACAUGAAAAUGUGAAGUGUUUCGGUUUAAAUCUGUACCCUGAGGCGAGCAGGCUUUGUUGUAUUCAGACAAAAUGCUCCAUGUGCAAAACAGUGAACAGAGAAAUCAUUAUGACAUACAAGCUCCUGUUGACAGGACUCUUAUGAUGCUAAAUUUUAAACAGACAUCACCACAAAAGUGCAGCUCAUGAUCCAUUAUAGAUUAAACAUCAGAAUCAGAAAUAAUCAAUGCAGCCUCCAUUCGACAUACAAAAAAGACAAUUUAAGAUAUUUUCUUCUACUCUGACAAAACUUGUAUUACUUUCUACAAAUCUGCAUCAUGAUGCUAUUUUAGCCAACCAUAUUCCCCUUGAUUGUUAGUAAAUCAUGUUUACAUUUAUUUUAAUUAAACUGGCAGCUUUUUUUCACAUACAUAAAUACUUCACGGAAAAUGAAGCCUGGCCAGGAAGUCAUUUAACACUCACCACUGACUUAACCGUCAAUACAGAGCAAUUCAUGCCCUAUUACUAGAGGUACAUACCGUCUAUCAGACAUUGAUGGAUAAUAAUAGCUAAUGGGUACCAAGUAUUUCGCCAUACCUGAGAAAGCUGAGCAGAUUCUAUCAUUUUUGGUCACACGUGCAAUCAAUAAGUCAAGGCAAGACAACUUUAUUUAAGUAGCACAUUCAUAUUUGUAUGAUUCAGAGUGCUUCACAGAGUUAAACAAAAACAAUGUCCAAAAAUGUCAGUCAGGAGGCUGAAAUUAUGGUUAUCAUUUCUUGUCUUAACAUUACAAAAACACUAGCAGGAGCUUUGUGCAGCUCAAAAAUAAUCCAUCAUGAUCUUAAUCUUCUUGUUUAGUUGCAUAUGAAUUUGUAUAGCAGGGACCAUUCAUACUGCAAAGGCAUUGCCUAUUACUACUCAGCUUAUCUAUAGAGUAGUGGGCAGUGGGUGGUUGCUGCCAUCCUUUUGUAUUUUCUCUGCUUCCUUGGAAGCUCAUCUAAUGGUAAACAUAGAAAGGAAUGAGAUACUAUGACAUUUUAGCAACUUGUAAAUCUAAGUUCAGUCCACCGGAGCUGUUCUGUGUGGUGUAAAAGAGGCCAGAGUGACCUUGUAUGUGAGAUAGCAUGGUUUUGUGCCUUUAAUUCUCCUCUUUCUCUAGAAAAAAUUGCAAUCAACCAAAGAUUUUUUACAAAACGUGUAAAAAUAAAUGGUGUAGAUGAAGUUGGACAAAUGUAGGAUUGUUUGGAUUGUAUGUAAUUAAACUGUGAAUGCAAUCAAGAUGGUUUAACUCUGAACUUGUUUUAUCUGUGUGAUAUUAAAUUGUUUUGAUUAUUUUGUAAGGAUUCUGUUUAGUAAAGGGUAAAACUACAGGUGUAUACAUGAAAGAAAGAUUGCAGAACAUUGAGGCAUGCCUCUUUAAUCUGGGUAGUCGUCUGUUGCACAAUUUCAGCAAGUGUUAAUGAAACCAUACAUUUCAACCAGUAUGUAAACUAGAGAUGCACCAAUGCUGAAACGUGGUGCUCAUUUCAUCAUGUCUUUUGGUAUCCCUAAUGUAAACUGCUUGGUAGUACCCUUUAUUAUAGAAAGAAUGUUGAAGUGAACUGUGAACUGUCAAGAUCAAUGUGUCUUCUGAAAUCAUGCACUGACUCGAUGUUUUCUGUUUGUUUUAUCACCACAAAAGCUGUUAAUGAAACUCUCAUUCAGGAGGUCAAAACUCUUUCAUACUGUGCUCAUGUUUUGUUUGUUUGAUGCCAGGUAAAUGACUUAACAAGUUCAGCUGUAGAAGAUAAUCCAACAGAUAAUCCAGCAAAGGCUGGAUGACUUCUGUAUUUACACACAAAUUUAAAAACCACUGUCAGGAUAUCUACUGUGAAAUUCUGCUCUGUCUCUGUGUUUGUAUUUGUUCUUGAUUGAUAUAAACCUUCUGUCUUCAA